UUUUGUCAAAAAAUUUUUCAAGGAAAUGAUCUCUUGAUGGCAAAUGUUGAAGAAAAUUUUGAGGAAGGAGGAGGGGAAAGUGUAACUGUCACAAUUGCUUUAGAUUUGCCAGAAUCUUCAAAUAUAAAAAAUACACGGAAUGAAACUUUUGUUGAUAAUAUUGAGGUUGAUGAUGAAUUUUUGAAUUUUCUUUCAAUCCCUUUACCAAUUUCUCCUUCAGAAUUACUUUCGAAUUUUAAACAAAAAAAUUCUUUAUUUUCUUCUAUUUUAAUUAAAGAUAUUUCUUUUGAAUUAAAAAAUAUUUUGGAAAUUCGGUUAAGUACUUCUUCAUGUGGUUCUAUGCGAAAUUGGGAAUUUUUAGCUGCUUGUAUGGGGUUAAGUAUUGAUGAAAUUGUUGGGAUGAGAAAAAAUGAAAAUCCAAUAAAUAUUUUACUUCAAAAAUUUUCUGAUGAGUACUUUCUUAAAUUAUUAGAGCUUAUUGGGCAAUCUGGCCGUGUUGAUGUUUUACUUGCUUUAGAACCAUUUAUUGGAAAAAUUUCAAACGAAAGAAAAUUAAAUAAAAAUAUUACCCAAAAACAACAACAAAUAAAUCCCCCUAUCAAUUUGAGGGAUUCUUCUCUUUUAACUUUUUCAUCAGAUAUUCAAGGGCAUAAUUCCUCAUCAAUUUUACAAGGCCCAUUUAUUUUUAUUUUGCAUCACGAAAAUAAAAAUAAUAAAGAUUUGAGACGUUUACAUAAAAUGUUUAUUAAAAAUUUGGAAAGAUGUGCAACAGAACGAGGAAAAAAGGUUUUGGAUGUUGAUAAUUGCUUUUCUGGGGAAGAUUUAUUUGGUUCAAUUCAAAAGUAUUUUGAAAAUGCUUCACAAAUUCUUUUGGCAUUAUCAAGCGAUUAUUCAGAAAUAAUUUGUACAGAUAAUGAACAAAUACAAGAAUUGGAUCAAAAAAUCCAAUUAAAACGUUCUUUGCAUCAAAUGACUUUUCAAGAAAAUAAACGUUUUCGAGUACUUUUGAUGCGUGGAACAGGCCCAGAACAUAUUCCACGUGGAUGGCCAAGUAAUACUUUGCACUAUCGUUUUCCGGAAGACUUUUCUGAAUUGUGCACUCGCCUACUUGAUGGGGAAGGAGAAAGAUUGAUUUCAAAUGAAUAAAAUUUUAAUUAUAACAAAAUUGCUCAAAAUUUAUUUGUAAAUAUGUACAUUUAAAUAAAUUUAAAAAAUAAAAGUGAAAAAAAAACGAGGCAGGUAAAACGCUACAUUUAAAGAAAGAAUGGACAAA